GUACCUAUUUGAUAGGACGUUUUGUUUUAAAUUACAUUUACAAACUAAUUUUAUUACAUGGUUUUCUCCAGAAUGAGGUUCACAAUAUUAACAGUUUUGCUUGUCGCUAGCAGUGUGUCAGGCUGGGUCAGACAAAGAACUAGACGACAGAGCAAUGGACUUAACCCUGCUAACGAAUACAAUGAAAGGCCGUGCGAAACGGAAGAGGGCGAGGCCGGGGUUUGCGUGUAUUACUACCAGUGUGACAUUGCGACCCGCACUGUCAUCGGAGACGGCACAACCCUCAUAGAUAUGCGGUCUGCCACGAGGGAAUGCCCCACAUAUCUGGAGAUCUGCUGUCAGGCCAAAGAUCGUAUUACAGAAGAGUCCUCGGAAAGGAACAAACAGGGAGCAACAUAUUCUGACAAAAUAGAUCCGUAUAAACUUUCAGAGACACAGCAAAUGUUUGACAUAGAAGAUAUGAACUUUUUGGAGACUUUGGACAAUCUUUCAAAGAACACAAGUUUCACCGAGGAGUGCGGUUGGAACGACCCGAGUCUGUUCGUGUUCCAGCCGCCCAACCAAGACGUGUCCGACCGGGGGGUGUAUGCCAACUACGGGGAGUUCCCCUGGAUGGUGGCGCUACUGAGGAAGUCCAACACAAUGGUGUGGGUACAGAACGACUACAUGGGUGGCGGCGCCAUCAUCCACCCGUCCGUGGUUGUCACUGCUCAACACAAGCUGCGGAAAAUCAAGGCCCAUGAGUUGAAAUGCCGUGCCGGCGAGUGGGACACAGAGAUCGACAAGGAGCAGUUCAGUAUACAGGAGAGAGACGCUGAUCGCUUCGUCUCUCAUGAAAGGUAUUUUGGGGCGUCUUUACUCAAUGACAUCGCGCUGAUCUUCCUCAAGGCACCGUUUGAUCUGGGGGUGCCGCACAUCGGACCUGCGUGUCUGGCGCGGGGCAUACCCGACAACACUGCCACGUGCUUCAGCAUGGGCUGGGGCAAGAUAGACCUGGUCAACGAAGUGGACGCCAAGAUACUGAAGAAGGUGAAGCUGCCGCUGGUAGAACACGAUAGAUGCCAAGAGUUGCUGCACACUAAGACACGGUUCCGCCACAUCCCCAAUUUCGUGCUGGAUGCAUCGUUGACAUGCGCCGGCGGGGAGGAAAACAUCGACGUGUGUCAGGGCGACGGGGGCUCUGCUCUGGUGUGCUCUAUAGGGCACCGAGAAGGCAAGAUGCGCUACGCGGUGGUGGGCCUGGUGGCGUACGGGCUGGAGUGCGGCAAGCGCGACGUGCCGGGCGUGUAUGUGAACGUGCCACAUCUCGCCGACUGGGUGGACCGGCAGAUGCGUGCCGCGGGACUCGGCACAGACUCCUACUCCUUCUGAAUACACGCCUUACCAUAGA